AUGUCGGAUUCUGACCACUCUCGUCGCUCUCUUCACUCUCAUCACUCUGGAGACUCCACCGGUGGUGCCACAGAGCCUCAACUGCAAUCUGUAUCUGGCCGUAAAGAGGCCACUUAUUGGAGACUGGAAGAGGAGACUGCCUUCCUUAGAUACCUCUAUGAUAACAGGUCUGGCACAGAUGGUGCCACCUUCCCCAAGAGAACCUAUACAGAAGCUUCUGCAUACCUUGCAAAGCACUUCAAAAACCAGAAGGGUGGGGACAAAACAAUUUCAGCCUGCAAGUCAAAGUUUUCAGCUCUCAAGAAGGCUUAUCUCGCCGCUCAAGCACUUAAAGGCAAGUGCAAGGCCAGCACACUGGGUUCUGAUGUCGAUGCUCCAUCAGGAAAGCGCUCUCGCCCAUCGACAAGCCCACACUCAGCAUUAACAAGCGCAAGGCCAGCUGCACUGGGUUCUGAUGGCGAUGCUCCAUCGGGAAAGCGCUCUCGCCCACCAUCUGCAACUGCCAGAGCCCAGCUGGAGGGUAGUGCAGCAAUGACAUUGCUUGUUACUGCAAUGGAGGCCGUGAGCAAGCAUCUUAGUGUACCCCCAGUUCUUGUGGCCCCUGUUGCACCUGCUUCUGACUUUGCGCGUGCCAUUCAAGUCAUCAGUGAUGCCACAUACAUGUCUGAUGACGACAAGUUGGACAUGACACAGUUGUUUGUGAGGGACAAAGAUCAGGCCAUGGUGUUUUUAUACUUGAAGGGCGACAAUCUGAGGGCCAAUUGGGUGAAGAGGAGGCUUGGUGAAACUCGUGCCAUGCACAUCGAUACUGUUGAUUAA